AUGCGAGAGGUCCUGCGCGAGCUCUACUUGACCGAAGACCGCCCCCUUGUAGGCCCGGAUGGUGUUAUCGAGGUCAUGAGAGAGCGCCAUGGCUUUCUUGCCUCAAAAGCCCAGUACGAGACCCGCUUUCGUAAAUGGGAAUUCCGCAAGUAUUCCAAGUCCAAGAAGCGCGAAGACUGGCUGGCCAUUAGUCGCAAAUUCGAGGCGGCCAAGGCAAAAGUGGCCAAGACAGGAAACUCGAAGGAGCCCCGUCUGUAUCAUUGCGGCAAGCUUGUCACGACAAAGUUGCUCAAGACCAGGAGCUUCAUGACCUUCCUCGAGAAGCGCGCCUUUGACCAAGAUCCUGUGUUCAGCGUUGAUCUCGCAGUUGCAGCACCGUCCCCAAAAACACCCCCCGACUUCAACAUUCGCUUCCCGACCCCACCGCCAAUCAUCGUCUCGAGCCUGCCAUUUCUUGACUUGAAGGUGAUUAUUGACCAUCUUGGUACGCGCCUCAAACUCAAUGAUCGUCCCAUGACGGAGCUUGUCAGACUUUUCCCCAACCCCAAGACGGCCACGCACAGUCCUCUAGCUGGAUUCCGUCCCUUCCUUCCAAGCUCGCCUGAAGUCCUCUGGCCAUUCUCGUCUGAAGACAGCCAUCUAGACUUGCAACAGAUUGGGGAAAUCCAAGUCCUCAGCCUGGCAUCGUACUUACUGUCAAAUAACCUCCCUGGUAACUUUGAUGGAACCCAACUCUAUUCCUGGCUCAAAGAAGUCGGCGCAUUCGACAUGCUCGAUCACGCUGUGGAUCUGGCGGGCCCGAGUGCCGAGGCGCUUCUCGAAACAAGUUUUCGAUUGGCUGUCGAGACGGAGGACUUGCCCGCAGUCGAAUACCUCCUUCAACUUGGUAUCGAUCCCAACGGCCGAUCGUCUAGCCCAAUCUCUCAUCAAGCACGGAUCGAGAAUUGA